GUGCGCCAGUCUGCGCAGGCCAGGGCGCCCUCUAGAGGGGAGAGCUGGGGGAGCAGCCAGUAGCUGCCCGUUUGAACGUGUGCCUGAGUCGCUCUCCCUGGGAAGUCAGAUCGAGGCUGGAGUUCCAUUGGAACCCUGCGCUGCAUUCCAUUCCAAUUCCAUUCAUGCUGGUCGGCGGCAGCGGCGGCGGAGCGAGCGAGGCGCGGAGCCGAGCCCCGGCUUGCCGGGAGGGGGGAGGGCUCGUUGGUUGGUGGGGAAUGUGAUUAUGGCUGGCACAUCUGAAGCAAGCUCCAGUCCAGGCGGGCUGACCAGGCUGCCAGUGUCUAUGAUGCCCUGAAUGUGGAGCCUAGCAGAAGCAGAGGAGACCUUGGCCCUGUAAUACCCCCUCCCCUUGCCCCUGUAAUACCCCCUCCCCUUGCCCCAUCCCUCUAUUUUGGGUUGGCUUCUAUUUAUUUUGUGGCUGGCUUUGGGCACGGCCCUGGUCGGAUGUGACACUGCUGCAAUGUGGCUCCUUCGGCUCAAGCACCACUUGUCCGUUAACAUCUGGACCCUGCUGCUUUUGGGGAGCGCCUGGCUACCACUGGCAGAGGGCACCCCCAAAUCCCCCUUUAGGACUUUCUCUGUCACAGACUGGAGCUUGACACACCUGGUGGUCCACAACAAAACUGGGGAGGUCUAUGUGGGCGCUGUCAACCGGAUCUACAAGCUCUCCAACAACCUGACGUUGUUGCGUGCCCAUGUGACAGGGCCGGUGGAUGAUAACGAGAAGUGCUAUCCACCCCCCAGCGUCCAGUCCUGCCCCCAUGGGCUGGUUACCACCAACAACGUCAACAAGCUGCUGCUGGUGGACUACUCAGGGAACCGGCUGAUCGCCUGUGGCAGCGCCUCCCAGGGCAUCUGCCAGUUCCUACGCUUGGACGACCUCUUCAAGCUGGGGGAACCCCACCACCGCAAGGAGCAUUACCUCUCCAGCGUCAACGAGUCAGGCACCAUGUCGGGUGUCAUCAUUGAGGUGCUUAACGGACAAAACAAGCUCUUCAUCGGGACGCCGAUUGAUGGGAAGUCUGAGUACUUCCCAACCCUCUCCAGUCGCAAGUUGAUGACUAACGAGGAGAACGCGGAGAUGUUUGGCUUUGUCUACCAGGACGAGUUUGUCUCCUCCCAGCUCAAGAUCCCCUCAGACACGCUCUCCAAGUUCCCCACGUUUGACAUUUACUACAUCUAUAGCUUCAGCAGUGAGCAGUUCGUCUACUACCUGACUUUGCAGUUGGACACCCAGCUCACCUCGCCUGACUCCACAGGGGAGCAGUUCUUCACCUCCAAAAUCGUCCGCCUCUGUGUGGAUGACCCCAAGUUCUACUCCUACGUGGAGUUCCCCAUCGGCUGCGUGCGGGACGGCGUCGAGUACCGUCUGAUACAGGAUGCGUACCUCAGCAAGCCCGGCAAGGUGCUUGCCAAGCAGCUGGGCAUCUCGGAGCAGGAAGACAUCCUCUUCACUGUUUUCUCCCAGGGCCAGAAGAACAGGGUCAAGCCACCCAAGGAGUCCGUCCUCUGCCUCUUCACUCUGAAAAAGAUCAAAGACAAAAUCAAGGAGCGCAUCCAGUCUUGCUACCGAGGAGAGGGAAAGCUGUCACUACCCUGGCUAUUGAACAAGGAAUUGGGUUGCAUCAACUCGCCUCUGCAGAUUGAUGACUAUUUCUGUGGCCAGGAUUUUAACCAGCCGCUGGGCGGGACAGUGACCAUCGAGGGGACAGCGCUCUUUGUGGAUAAGGAGGAUGGCAUGACCUCGGUGGCUGCCUACGACUACCGGGGACACACUGUGGUCUUCGCUGGCACGCGGAGUGGCAGGAUCAAAAAGAUCCUGGUGGACUUGGCCAGUCCCAGCGGGCGCCUGGCACUGCAGUAUGAGAACGUCGUGGCCCACGAGGGCAGCUCCAUCCUGCGAGACCUGGUGCUCAGCCCUGACCGCCAGCACAUCUACGCCAUGACUGAGAAACAGGUGACACGAGUGCCCGUGGAGAGCUGUGAGCAAUACAAGAGCUGUGCGCUGUGCCUGGGCUCCAGGGACCCCCACUGCGGCUGGUGUGUCCUCCAUAACCUCUGCUCGCGGAAGGACCGAUGUGAGCGGGCUGAUGAGCCUCAGCGCUUUGCCUCGGACCUGCGCCAGUGCGUCCAGCUCACCGUCCAGCCCAAGAACAUAUCGGUCACCAUGUCCGAGGUCUCGCUGGUUCUGCAGGCCUGGAACGUCCCAGAUCUCUCCGCCGGGGUGAACUGCUCCUUUGAAGAUUUUACGGAGUCCGAGAGCCGCAUUGAAGACGGGAGGAUCUACUGUAGCUCUCCAUCUGCAAAGGAUGUUAUCCCCAUCACCAGGGGCAGGGGCGACAAGCGGGUGGUGAAGCUCUACCUGAAAUCCAAGGAGACUGGGAAGAAGUUUGCUGCUGUGGAUUUCAUUUUCUACAACUGCAGCGUCCAUCAGUCCUGCCUGUCCUGUGUGAAUGGCUCCUUCCCAUGCCACUGGUGUAAAUAUCGGCACAUCUGCACCCACAACGCUGCUGACUGCUCCUUCCAGGAGGGGCGUGUCAACAUGUCUGAGGACUGCCCACAGAUUCUGCCCUCCACCCAGAUCUACAUCCCUGUGGGCGUGGUGAAGCCCAUCACUCUGACAGCCAAGAACCUGCCACAGCCACAGUCUGGCCAGCGCAACUACGAAUGCAUCUUCCACAUCCCCGGCAGCACCACCCGCGUCACAGCUCUGCGCUUCAACAGCACCAGCAUCCAGUGCCAGAACACCUCGUAUUUCUAUGAAGGGAAUGACAUCAGCGACCUGCCCGUGAACCUGUCCGUGGUGUGGAAUGGAAACUUCGUCAUCGACAACCCCCAGAACAUCCAGGCUCACCUGUACAAGUGCUCGGCCUUGCGUGAAAGCUGUGGCCUCUGCCUCAAGGCAGAUCCGCGCUUCGAGUGUGGCUGGUGCGUGACGGAGAAGAGGUGCACCCUGCGGCAGCACUGCCCAGCCUACGAGAGCAGCUGGAUGCACGCCAGCAACGGCAACAGCCGCUGUACAGACCCCAAGAUCAUCAAGCUGUCACCUGAGACCGGCCCCAGGCAAGGAGGGACCCGUCUGACCAUCACCGGGGAGAACCUAGGCCUGAAGUUUGAGGAUGUGCGCUUGGGAGUGCGGGUCGGCAAAGUGAUGUGCAUCCCCAUCGAGAGCGAGUACAUCAGCGCUGAGCAAAUUGUGUGUGAGAUCGGAGACGCCAGCCCAGGCCGAGCGCACGAUGCCCGUGUGGAGGUGUGCAUCAGGGACUGCUCCCCCAGCUACAGGGCCACAUCCCCCAAAAGCUUCACGUUUGUGACGCCCACUUUCUACCGUGUGACUCCGGCUCGGGGUCCCCUCUCUGGGGGCACCUGGAUUAGCAUUGAGGGCAACCACCUCAACGCGGGCAGUGAUGUCACAGUGACCAUCGGGGGACGACAGUGUGUCUUUUCUUGGAGGAACGCCCGGGAGAUCCGGUGCCGGACGCCACCAGGCCAGAGCCCUGGUGGGUCACCCAUCCUCAUCAAUAUCAACCGGGCUGAGCUGAGCAACCCCGAGGUGAAGUACAAUUACACAGAGGACCCCACCAUCCAGAAGAUAGACCCAGAGUGGAGCAUCAACAGCGGUGGGACAUUGCUGACUGUGACAGGCACCAACCUGGCCACCAUCAAAGAGCCCAGGAUCCGUGCCAAGUACAGCAGUGCUGAGAGGGAGAACAACUGCACUGUCUACAACGACACCACCAUACUGUGCUACGCUCCAUCCAUCGACAACCCGUCCCGGAGCCCCCCCGAGAUCGGUGACCGCCCAGAUGAGAUUGGCUUUGUCAUGGAUAAUGUCCAGGCGCUGCUGAUUGUUAAUACCACCAACUUCGUCUAUUAUCCGGACCCCGUCUUUGAGCCCCUCAGCCCCUCUGGCAUGCUGGAGCUCAAGCCCAGCUCUCCCCUUAUCCUCAAGGGCCGGAACCUGCUCCCGCCGGCUGCUGGUAACUCCCGGCUGAACUACACGGUGCUGAUUGGUGACACUCCCUGCGCCCUGACGGUCUCCGAGACCCAGCUCUUGUGCGAGUCGCCAAACCUCACGGGACAGCACAAAGUCACGAUCAAGGCUGGAGGGUUUGAGUUCUCCCCGGGGACGCUGCAGAUCUACUCGGACAGCCUCCUGACACUGCCUGCCAUCAUCGGGAUCGGCGGCGGGGGCGGCCUCCUUCUGCUCAUCAUCAUCAUUGUCCUCAUCGCCUACAAGCGCAAGUCCCGGGACGCUGACCGCACCCUGAAACGCCUGCAGCUGCAGAUGGACAACCUGGAGUCCCGCGUGGCCUUGGAGUGCAAGGAGGCUUUUGCCGAACUGCAGACAGACAUCCACGAGCUGACGAACGACUUAGACGGGGCUGGCAUCCCCUUCCUGGACUAUCGCACCUAUGCCAUGAGGGUCCUCUUCCCCGGGAUAGAAGACCAUCCUGUGCUGAAGGAGAUGGAGGUCCAGGCGAAUGUGGAGAAGUCCUUGAGCCUCUUUGGGCAGCUCUUGAACAAGAAGCAUUUCCUGCUAACCUUCAUCCGCACCUUGGAGGCGCAACGCAGCUUCUCCAUGCGGGACCGGGGCAACGUGGCUUCCCUGAUCAUGACAGCGCUGCAGGGGGAGAUGGAGUAUGCCACAGGCGUGCUGAAGCAACUCCUCUCAGACCUGAUUGAGAAGAACCUGGAGAGCAAGAACCAUCCCAAGCUGCUCUUGCGGAGGACGGAGUCUGUGGCUGAGAAGAUGCUGACGAAUUGGUUCACGUUCCUCCUGUACAAGUUUUUAAAGGAGUGUGCUGGAGAGCCUCUCUUUAUGCUGUACUGUGCCAUCAAACAGCAGAUGGAGAAGGGACCGAUUGACGCCAUCACCGGAGAGGCCCGCUACUCGCUGAGCGAAGACAAGCUGAUCCGGCAGCAGAUUGACUACAAAAUGCUGACACUGAACUGCGUGAACCCUGAGAAUGAGAAUGCCCCCGAGAUUCCUGUCAAGGUUCUGAAUUGCGACACCAUCACACAGGUGAAGGAGAAGCUGCUAGAUGCCGUCUACAAGGGCGUGCCCUACUCCCAGAGACCCAAGGCAGGAGACAUGGACCUGGAGUGGCGGCAGGGCAGGAUGGCCCGAAUCAUUCUGCAGGAUGAAGACGUGACCACAAAGAUAGACAAUGACUGGAAAAGGCUCAACACCCUCGCCCACUACCAGGUGACUGAUGGCUCCUCUGUGGCACUGGUGCCCAAGCAGAACUCGGCGUACAACAUCUCCAACUCUUCCACCUUCACCAAGUCACUCAGCAGAUAUGAGAGCAUGCUCCGGACAGCCAGCAGUCCCGACAGUCUACGUUCACGGACCCCCAUGAUCACACCGGACCUGGAGAGUGGCACCAAGCUUUGGCACCUAGUGAAGAAUCAUGACCACAUGGACCAGCGGGAGGGAGACCGGGGCAGCAAGAUGGUGUCUGAGAUCUAUCUGACCCGUCUGUUGGCCACCAAGGGCACCUUGCAGAAGUUCGUCGAUGACCUGUUUGAGACCAUCUUCAGCACGGCACACCGCGGGAGCGCCCUGCCCCUGGCCAUCAAGUACAUGUUCGACUUUCUGGACGAACAAGCCGACAAACAUCAGAUCAACGAUUAUGACGUCCGGCACACCUGGAAGAGUAACUGUCUACCUCUGCGUUUUUGGGUGAAUGUGAUUAAGAACCCCCAGUUCGUGUUUGACAUUCACAAGAACAGUAUUACUGAUGCUUGCCUAUCUGUGGUGGCACAGACAUUCAUGGACUCCUGCUCAACUUCUGAGCACAAGCUAGGGAAAGACUCUCCCUCCAACAAACUACUGUAUGCCAAGGACAUCCCCAACUAUAAGAGCUGGGUAGAAAGAUAUUAUGCAGAUAUUGCUAAAAUGCCAGCAAUCAGUGACCAGGACAUGAGUGCUUACCUGGCGGAGCAGUCCCGGUUACAUCUGAGCCAGUUCAACAGCAUGAGUGCGCUGCACGAGAUCUACUCAUACAUCACCAAGUACAAGGAUGAGAUUUUAGCUGCUUUAGAGAAGGAUGAACAGGCCCGGAGGCAACGGCUGAGGAGUAAGCUGGAGCAGGCAAUUGACACAAUGGCCCUCAGCAGCUGAAAAGGCCAAGGCAGCCCUGACAGUUUUCUAGCAGUGGAUACUACAAGAGAGAGGGCCAGCAAGAGGCAUCAGCAGAGUACUUUGGGUCCAGAGCCAAAUGAACACGCGGAGCCCGCCGCAUCUCGAAACUCUUAACACAAACGAACAAGGAAACGUACCACCGUAUCAAACCAAUCCAAUCAGACCUAUCCAGAGACCUUGCAAAAGGGAUGGCGUGGGCUGGAGUGCAAAGGAGCCAAGAAGAACUGCAGGGAGCUUGCAGCGCACCCGGCACAGCUGCUCCACCUGGGGGAUGUCCCCGAUCUGGCGAUGGAGGCUGGAGGGUCGGGGACUGCACUAACUUCGAGGGCAACAUGUCUGAUGUUGUUGUUUUUAGCGCAGGGAGGGUGGGCGGGGCGUUUGUUUUUUCUGUACUUGACUCGCUCCCCCUUCCUCCCCACCUGCCUCCCAGCUCUUCGCCCCAUCCCUUCCCCCUUCUCUCCCUCCCUCCCUCCCUCCUCCCCACCCCAGCUCUCUGGCCUUCUGCCAUUAGUGUUAACUGCUAUAUUUGCACAAUUUACAAGAGAGAAACAAAAAAAAAUUAAUUUAAAACAAAGUAUAACGCGAAGGGGAAGGGAGGUUCUAAAUUUUGCAACAAACUAACAUAAAAAAAGGGUUUUAAAAAAUAACUCAAAGAACUGAUUCUGGGAGGAGAAGGGUGGGGGUGGGUGGGGAGUGGGAGACAAGUCCCAUAACCUUGGGGUAUUUCAUAAAAUUUGUCCUGUGCCAUGUUUGAUUUGAAUGUUGUUUAGUGCAGAAAGCAAAACAGAAUUUUUUGUUAGCUGAAUCAGCUCUAAUUUACAUGCUGCUUAAGUGGUGUCCGAAGGCCACAAUCCAAGAGGAGGAAGAACAGAGAGGGGAGACGAUCUUCGGGGCCUUUUCCCAGGGAUCGGCCGGUGCUGUGAAUCAUGGCGGGAGAGUGGCGUGGCAUGGUGUCGACUUCAUCCUUGUUUUUAUUUGCACGUUGCUAUUUCUGCGUGGGGCAGGACAAUGCAGAUGAAGGAGGAGAAUCGUUGAGCUCUUUAUAGCCAGAGCUUGUGCUCCAUCCUCUCUUGUGAAAGGGGAGUUUCCCAGUAGCAUUCCCUGGUGGUGGUUGGUGCUGUGAGGGGUGUCUGGGCCAUGGAGAAGCCCUCAGGGGCCUUUCAGGCUGGGAAGCCGUUGAAAACAGACCUUGCAGUUGGGCGUCUCCAUGACUCCAAGUGCAGGUAGACGACUGUAGUGGGGAGAGAAAAGGAGGACUUGUGUCACCUUAGAGACUAACCAAUUUAUUUGAGCAUAAGCUUUCGUGAGCUACAGCAUCGGAUGAAGUGAGCUGCAGCUCACGAAAGCUUAUGCUCAAAUAAAUUGGUUAGUCUCUAAGGUGCCACAAGUCCUCCUUUUCUUUUGCGAAUACAGACUAACACGGCUGCUACUCUGAAACCUGUAGUGGGGAGGUUAAUGUUCUGGAAGCUUGAGCUCGCGCUAUAUCCAAGUGAAUUAGGAGCAAAGGGCUUUCAGACCCAAACAGGGGUAGCGUGAAGGGAGUGUCAGCAUGGGGCUUUGGCAUCCUGCCCGUCUUUGCCUCCCUUGAGAACGUUUCCUUCUGACACCCUGUAAUGGCCUGAGGUGCUGAGCAUCUCAGCGCAUUUGCAGCUCUUGGCUUUCUGUAAAGCAGCCUUAAUGAGGCCACUGAUGGCAGCUGGCUUGCACUCCAGCUGAGCUCCGAAAGCUCUCCAAUCCCAGGGUUCUCCCAGAACUACCCGGCAGGUUCCCGCAUUUAAAGCAGUUGGAGACAGUAGUCAAACAUACUCUUUUUUUUUUUUUUUUUUUUUUUAUAGCAAGGAGCUAGGUGUGAGGUGCAGGGAGCUGUCAGCCUGCCACUCCGCUGUAACUAAGCCUUAACCCACUGCAGCCUAGCCAUCCAAUUACAAGCAUUUUUGUCCGGAGCUACAUCAGUGGAUUUGUUUCCGGUUAGGCCUAACCGAUCCCAGGAAAGGGGAAGAGGAUGGGGGGCCUGGGAGUGGCCCUGGAAUUUUUACUGCAUGGUAAAAUCAUUUUUCUUGGUCCUCUUUUUGUGCUGGUGUAAGGGAAGGGCCCGGAUCAUCCGGGGAAAUGGUUUAGAUCCUUAUUUCUCUUCAGAUAUCUUUCAAAGACCAGUGAUGCCAUAUAAGGGUUUUCUCUGUAGCUGCACUUGUUCUGGACGAACCACUGGGGCAGAGGGAUAUAUGGGACGUAACCUCAGAUGGAACGAAAGCAGAAAAAGAAAAGAUCUAGACUUGUGUGUAGUUGGUUAUGGGCUUAGAGGGCAAACCCUGAGUGGUGAUUGCCUUAGCUCUCCAGAUUUGAAUUCCCCGCAUACUAGGCUGUCUCAGAUCCCUGCUGCUACUGUGUACGCUGUCAGGAGCUGUUGGCACAAAAGGUUGGAGAGGGUUCUGUAAACUAAGCUGUUCGAUGAGCUCGCCAUGCACUGAUUUAACCACUCACCCCACCGUCCCCAAGCCCCAGGAGCGAGUGUGUGUGUGGUGUCUCUGCACAGCUCACACAGUGGUGAUGCUAAUUAUCCAGAUAGUUAUGUGCUUAGGUACUAGGGUGAAGGGCGCAAUAGAAACCCUCUGAUAGAUAAUCAGGAGACAGCGCAAGAGGGAGGGCAGGAGGGACUGUGGGGUUUCUGCUGUGGCUGCCAUGUUGCGCUGUAUUUUGGUGGUGCUACACAUAGCUCACACCCCCACUGUGUGUGUACACAUACAACCACCCAGCACCUCUAUGUCCCACCAGAGCCCUCGCGUGGCAUCACUCAGCCGUGGUUGGAAAGGGCCCUCAAAAUCCACAGGGCUGAUUUCCAGCCCCCUCCCUGAGGAACGAGUGUUUUAUAAAGCACCUGAGAAUUCUCCUUUUAGCCUUUAUUAGCCCGCUGAGAGCUAGGUGAGGAACCAAAGCAUUCUGACUUGGCCGGCUCUACAGACCCCAGGAAACCAAAUACACGCCGGGAUCUGAUGGGGUUUCUGCCCAGAAUGUACCUCUUUCCCCUCUCCUUACUCUUUCUUCCCUUCUUGCUCUCUUCCCACCCCCCACCCCUCUGUCUUUUUGGAUGAUUGUUCCAUUCUCUCAUUUCACUGGAAACCCAGGGAUCCAUCUCCUUUGGAAGCCUCUGCUUGGCAUGUCAGAUCCUCAUGGCUUUAUUAUUUAAAGAAACAAAGGUGCCGAGCCGCUGCCCAGACUCAGAGCAGGUGACCAAAACCUUCUAUAAACUUACAAUUUUCUUUUGCAUACAGUACUGCGAAUCUACAUUGCUGUCUGGGCCAAGGAGGGGCCCACACCAUGCCAGAGGUGGGCUACUGAAAAUUUUUUAAAAAACCGGCUCGGUUUCUAUCCAUUCCCUUAGAUUGCAAGUAAGGGGCGGAGGGGGGGAAAUAAUGAAGUUUUUAAUUAAAAAAUAGAGUGUGUAUAUAUAUAUAUAUAUAUAUGUGGUUACAAUCUAAUUCUUGUGCCCCAGUGGGGUGCUGUAUAGUUAACUGAAGGAGAAACAAACCAAUAUUAAAUGGAUUUACACAGCCAGUGGAAAAUACCAAAUGAUCUGGAAGAAAUUUCCAAGCAUUUCUCACCAAGCAGAACAAUCUUUUGAAGCCUGCACAUCUCUAAUUACGUUGUAAUUUUGUUUUUUGAAUUAAAGAAGAGGAGAAGGAGAAGAUGAUUUAAAAAAAUAAAACAACAAAAAAACAAAAAACAAAAAAUUUAAAAAAAGAUAAAAUAAAUACCCAACCCAACCUGAGCCAUCUCCGGAGUUGUGGGACCUGUGGGCUGUUGCAUGACUGUGCUAGAUUUUAGUCUGAGUUGAACUUUUUAAGGAACAAAAACAAAAAACUGCAAGUGUUGAAUACUAGAGGUUCGUUUAGACCCUUUCUGUUACAUUUUGGAAUUAAUUUGUCACUUUCUCAUCAAAGACAAACAUUAAUUUGACUUCAGUGGUUUACUUCUCAAAAUGGUACUCAGACCCUUAAAGGACAGCUAUGUGCCAGCGGGCCCCCCAAAGAGGCAACAUCUGUUUCGCUUGCUCCCUUGGGAUCUCCUUCAGCAGUUGCGAGAGGGAAGGAAUCCUCAAGUGAAACUGGGCUGUGGGCCAUGAAACAUUGCUUUGUGGAUACGCUAGAAAAUGAGGGCCAGAUCCUCAGCUGGUGUAAAUUGGCAGAGUUUCAUUGAAAUCAGUGUCUUUUAAGAGACGAGGGGCACGUUGAUCUAAAGUUUUUCCCGUUUCUCUUUCUUGCUGUGUUGCUCUGGUUGAAGCAUGUUCAAGGCCAGUGCCACCAACCUAGCUAGGAAUUUACACUCAUCACUGUGGUAUCUUGGCCAAAAUAACCCACAUUAGUGGGAAGGGCAUUUCUGUGGUGAGGCUGCUUUAUUAUCUUUAGCCCAAGAAUGACUUAAAUCAGUAACCAGUUGUUUUUAGAUCCUCCAGCUACAUCAAAUAGGAGACAGUUUUUAUGUAGACAAUUUCUAGGCUGUAAUUACACCGCACCUGGUCUUUAAUUAGGUAGAAGGUAUAUAUGGGUGGGAGCCCAAAGGCCUUCUGGACUUGAGUUUUGGUUCAGCCACGCGAGAGAUGGGGAUGAGGGGAACAGUGAAGUCUCGAUUCAGAUCUGGAUCCAAAGCUGAAAUGCAGGCCUGUCUUGGCUAGAGAGGGACUCCGUUCAGACCAGGUGGGCAGGAGGGUGCAGUUCAGCCUGCCUGCACUUCUACCUGACCUUCCAGCCAUUGGGAGUGAGCUCUGUCUUUUACUGAGCUCCUGUGUGUCCUCCUCCCUUUGUUGCUGUAGGGACCUAGCUUCUACCUGCAUUUCUCCUUUCCAGUCAGUCUGACAGAGUCAUUCAUCUCCCCCGAUCCCCCCCUGCCCUUGUGCUGACAAAUUGUGAGGCCACCAGUGGCCUCACAUGAAUCAGGCAGGAGGAGCCAGC